AUGGCUGGCCCGAACCACACCAUAUCCCCCGUCGAAAGCUCAGAUCUUGCCUUUCUAUCGAAAUUCAUACACUCCGCAAAGCUUUCUCUAAGCAUCAAUCGUCUUCUGUAUCAGCCGUGGCCCAAUGAUCCUGUCCAGGAAAAGCAGUACACAGGAGCUGUCGAAGGUGCAUUUGCGGACUCCUCGAUGGAAUGUUUCAAGGCGACUGAUGGUGACUCAAAUGCGAUCAUCGGCUACAUUGUCCUGGCGAGGAAGACGGCAACCAAAGGAGACUCAAUGGCCCCUGCCCAGUCCGCAGACAAUGGGCACAAUGUCCCGGAGGGAAUGAACCCUGGUGUCCUUGCAGAAGUAUCUGCGGCGAACAUAGCCAUAAGCAAGGCAACGGAAAAUAUUGACCGUUAUGAAUUGGUCUACUUGUGCGUCGAGCCAUCAUACCAACGACAAGGUGUAGGCUCCAGCUUACUCCAGCUUGGAUUUGACCGAGCUAGAGCAGAGGCCAUUCCACUUGCUACCGCUGCGGAGGCACCUGCAUAUGGCUUUUUCGAUAAACUUGGGUUCAAAGAAACAAGGCACGUAGAUAUUGAUCUACGAAAAUACGCACCAGAAAAUAGCGGAUUUGGGAUCUUCCGGCUUACUGGUAUUAUUUGGAAGCCAUGA